AUUAGGUUGCGAUUUAGCAGUGGGAGCUGCCUUCUCCACUCUCUGCUUCCUUUUGCUCUGCUGUAGCUGCGCUUCAAGCAGAGCGCUCUCGACACCAGCAGCGCGUAAGAGGAGGAGAAGCCUCAAAAAGCCAAACCAAAGGACACCAGCCUCACAGGGAUGGAUACUUAUGACUCCCAGCAAACCAAUGACUAUAUGCAGCCCGAGGACGACUGGGACAGGGAUCUACUUUUGGAUCCAGCUUGGGAAAAGCAGCAGAGAAAGACAUUUACGGCCUGGUGUAACUCUCACCUCCGCAAGGCUGGCACACAGAUUGAGAACAUAGAAGAAGAUUUCAGGGAUGGCCUUAAACUUAUGUUACUCCUGGAAGUCAUAUCAGGUGAACGUUUGGCUAAACCAGAAAGAGGCAAAAUGCGAGUCCACAAAAUCUCGAAUGUGAAUAAAGCCCUGGAUUUCAUUGCUAGCAAAGGAGUCAAGCUCGUAUCUAUUGGAGCAGAAGAAAUUGUUGAUGGGAAUGCGAAAAUGACCCUUGGAAUGAUCUGGACCAUCAUUCUCCGUUUUGCCAUUCAGGAUAUCUCAGUGGAAGAGACAUCUGCUAAAGAAGGGCUUUUGUUAUGGUGUCAGAGGAAGACCGCCCCAUACAAAAAUGUGAACAUCCAAAACUUCCAUAUUAGCUGGAAGGAUGGCCUUGGUUUCUGUGCCUUAAUUCACAGGCAUCGUCCAGAGCUCAUUGACUAUGGAAAACUAAGAAAGGAUGAUCCUCUCACUAACCUGAACACAGCUUUUGAUGUGGCUGAAAGGUACCUAGAUAUCCCCAAGAUGUUGGAUGCAGAAGACAUUGUUGGAACAGCCCGUCCUGACGAGAAGGCCAUCAUGACCUAUGUUUCUAGCUUCUACCACGCCUUCUCAGGAGCCCAGAAGGCGGAAACAGCAGCCAAUCGUAUCUGCAAGGUGCUGGCAGUUAAUCAAGAGAAUGAGCAGCUAAUGGAAGACUAUGAGAAGUUGGCCAGUGAUCUGCUGGAGUGGAUCCGCCGCACCAUACCCUGGCUGGAGGAUCGGGCACCAGAGAACACCAUGCAAGCCAUGCAGCAGAAACUGGAGGACUUCCGAGAUUACCGCCGCCUCCACAAGCCUCCUAAGGUCCAAGAGAAGUGCCAGCUAGAAAUCAACUUCAACACAUUGCAGACCAAACUGCGACUUAGCAAUCGGCCGGCCUUCAUGCCUUCCGAAGGGAAAAUGGUCUCGGAUAUCAAUAAUGCAUGGGGUGGCCUAGAACAGGCGGAGAAGGGCUUCGAGGAGUGGCUUUUGAAUGAGAUCCGGAGAUUAGAGCGGCUGGAUCACCUGGCUGAGAAGUUCCGGCAAAAAGCGUCCAUUCAUGAAUCCUGGACGGAUGGCAAAGAAGCAAUGUUGCAGCAGAAGGAUUAUGAAACCGCCACCCUCUCGGAGAUCAAGGCCCUGUUAAAGAAACAUGAGGCAUUUGAAAGUGAUCUUGCUGCUCACCAGGACCGUGUUGAACAGAUUGCUGCUAUUGCACAAGAACUCAAUGAGCUGGAUUAUUACGAUUCACCAAGUGUCAAUGCCAGGUGCCAAAAAAUAUGUGACCAGUGGGAUAACCUUGGGGCUCUGACCCAGAAACGACGAGAAGCAUUGGAGAGAACAGAAAAAUUACUGGAGACAAUUGACCAGUUGUACCUAGAAUAUGCCAAACGAGCAGCCCCUUUCAAUAACUGGAUGGAAGGAGCCAUGGAGGAUCUUCAGGACACCUUCAUUGUCCAUACUAUUGAGGAGAUCCAGGGAUUGACCACAGCCCAUGAACAGUUCAAAGCUACCCUGCCAGAUGCGGACAAGGAGCGGCAGGCCAUCCUAGGAAUCCACAAUGAAGUGUCAAAAAUUGUUCAGACCUACCACGUCAACAUGGCAGGAACCAACCCCUACACCACCAUCACACCACAAGAAAUCAAUGGCAAAUGGGACCAUGUGAGACAGCUUGUUCCCAGGCGGGAUCAGGCCCUGAUGGAAGAACAUGCACGUCAGCAGCACAAUGAGAGACUCCGCAAGCAGUUCGGGGCUCAGGCCAACGUCAUCGGGCCCUGGAUCCAAACCAAGAUGGAGGAGAUUGGCCGCAUCUCCAUAGAGAUGCACGGGACUCUGGAGGACCAGCUCAGUCACCUGCGGCAGUACGAGAAGAGCAUCGUCAACUACAAACCAAAGAUCGAUCAGCUGGAGGGAGAUCACCAACAGAUCCAGGAGGCGCUCAUCUUUGACAAUAAGCACACCAACUAUACCAUGGAGCACAUCAGAGUGGGCUGGGAGCAACUCCUGACAACAAUCGCUAGAACUAUCAAUGAAGUAGAAAACCAGAUUCUGACCCGGGAUGCCAAAGGAAUCAGCCAGGAACAGAUGAAUGAAUUCCGUGCCUCCUUCAACCACUUUGACAGGGACCACUCCGGCACACUUGGCCCUGAGGAAUUCAAAGCCUGCCUCAUCAGCUUGGGUUACGAUAUUGGAAACGAUGCACAGAAGAAGACUGGCAUGAUGGAUAGUGAAGAUUUCCGCACCUGCCUUAUCUCCAUUGGUUACAAUAUGGGCGAAGCAGAGUUUGUCCGAAUCAUGGGCAUUGUAGAUCCCAACCGCAUUGGAGUAGUGACGUUCCAGGCCUUCAUUGACUUCAUGUCCCGAGAAACAGCAGAUACCGAUACAGCUGACCAAGUUAUGGCCUCCUUUAAGAUCUUGGCUGGAGAUAAAAACUAUAUCACUGUGGAUGAAUUACGACGGGAACUGCCUCCUGAUCAAGCCGAAUAUUGCAUCGCUAGAAUGGCACCUUACACUGGGCUGGAUUCUGUACCGGGUGCUCUGGACUACAUGUCUUUCUCUACAGCUCUCUAUGGCGAAAGUGACCUUUAACUAUCACCUAUCUAUCCACCACACAUCCUUACCCUCUCCCACCCAGGCGCACUUUUCUUUCUGUCUGCAAAGCGGGCUGUGCUCUGCCUCCACCGCCCCUUCCUGUUUCCACUUCAAAGAACAGAUCCCAUUUGGGGAGGGAGGGAGGGAGGCCCAGGAAAGGAUAUUGAAACGAAACAGUCUAUAAUACCCCUGAAAAAUGACGGUUUACAAAAUUAUUUUCUGGGAAACAAAGUUACAUUUAAGCAAAUGUAUUUUAUUAUAGAAAAAAAAGUAUUUUUCUCCAAGAUUGAAGCCUAAAGAGAAAUUGUUAAAUAGUAUUACCCAAAAUGUGUGCAGGUUUCCCCGCCCCCCCCAUCUUCUUGUUGGUCUGACAUAGGAAAUGGGGUUCGGUGUUGCAUCCCGUCCUUAUAUACUGAAGUUCCGCCCCACUUCUUCUACCACGAGCCAACUUUCUUGUCUGUCUCUAUUUCCUAAUCGCAUUUGUUUUUAGAGGGGGAGGCAUGCAAGAGCAUGUGUUGCUGGUUCACUCAUUUCAUGAAAAUAUUUUACAAUAAGACUUUUUUGAAAUUGCUGUGUUUUUUUAGGGGGAAAAAAUAAUGUACACAGCUCAUGUUUUCAUAUUUAAUUAAAAUUACAAUAUGCCUUCUAUGUGUUGUUGCUGAAAGUUGUCUGGUUUCCAAAUACAGCGCUUGAGAGUUGGCAUCUUUGAUAUUGCUUGUCACAGAUGAUAUUAAAAAAAAAAUUCUUGUGAUAACAAAUCUAGACUACAUUCUUUUGUCUAGUUAAUUUGUCUAAUUCUAUUUAGCUAUUACCAGAAAGACUUCCCAGCCGUUUUCAAAAUUCAUUUGGUAUCCUGGUUUUUUUUUGGGGGGGGGGUUUGGUAUAUUAUUCUGAUGUCAAUGUUUUUAUCUGUUUUCUAAAUGCAAGACACCAAAGUGCUUUUCCCCACCCCCUACCCUCUUGCUUUGAAUUAUAUUGAUGUUUACGUGGCUGGUAUUGUUGCUUCAAAUGAAGAUAAAUUUAUAACAAAAUGCCGUCUUGGACCAAACAUGAUAUGUGCACAUCUCUGAAAAUUACUGUUUUCAUUUUUUCCGGCAAGGAAAUAGUUAAUAAUUAAUUUUACUCUUUUAACUGACUUGAGGUGCAAUCCUACGCAAGUAUAGACAGGAAAAAAAUCCUUCAACUCCCAGCAUGGCUGGCUGGGGCAUCCUGGGAGUUGUAAGACUUUUUUUAGUCUAAACAUAUGUAAGAUUGAG